UAACCAUAGUGUAUUUGCUAUUUGUUAAUUUCCUUCGCUGAAAAAAUGAACCCUUUUAGCUUCCAAGUUUUCAGUGGACUAUUUGUACUUUUUGUUUGUGUUUAUUCAGAGAAAUCUCCUGAAGCUCAACUCGUUACGAUGACAAAAAGUGAAUUGGAGGAAAUAGUGCAUUGUCUUUCAGAAUCAAAAAAUCAACGUUUGUGCGACAGGUUUCAGAUUUGCAACACGCUUAUGCCAGAACAGGUAAAAAUGGCUCUUUUCAAAUGUGAAAGAAUAAUUGACCCAAGUGGAAAGAGAAGAUGUAACGAAAAGGAAAAACUAUAUUCCUCUCGAGAGGUAUUUUCAAAGAUAUUUGAUUGCAUCAGCCAAAAUGCCUUUAAGUUUACCGCAGAGGAAAGUAGGAAAAUGGUGGAGUUUGAGACAUGUGCCAGAAAUCUUUACGUCGGAAACUGCAAACUACUGGCUAGAGAGAAAAAGGGAAAUUAAAACCUUAUGAAAACAUUUUAAAAUGAAUAUGCGUUGUCAUUAUUUCAAUAUUUGAAAUAAUUCAAUCGCUCAAGUUUAUUUGUUGAAAAUAUUGAUGAUUUUUUUGAAAAAAAUUAUUCAU